AUGUGGGCUUCACCUCGUUAUGCAAUCUACAUACUUAUGCUACUUGACGAACUUUGUACAAAGCAGAGAGAAGAUAUGAUGAAAGAAGACAAAAACAUACAGAAAAGAAUACCACGUUCGGUACCAAAAGGAAAGGAAAAGAACUAUAAGUAUAUGAUUUAUACUGAAGAGAUGGAAAAUGAAGAAGACAGAGAUAUGGUUAUGUUGCAUUUAGUCAGAAGAAACAACAAAAGCUUUUACGACCUUGCUAAGAUUUACAAAUCUGACAGAAAUUGGUUCUAUCGCGAAAACUUACCGAUUUCAAUGACACCGAAUGAAGAUGUGAAACAAAUAGUUCAAGAUACGUUACCUCAAACACACUAUGAUAUGAAAGGUUGUACAAUACUUACCUUCAAAGAAGACUUACCGCUACUGAAAGAAAAAAUAACAGAGUAUUUUGACAACUUCAAACAAGCAGGGUAG